CCAGAGCCGCGGAUUUCGCGCGAGAUAUAGAACCAUAAACACACACAUACAUAUAUAUAUAUAUACAUACAUAUAUAUAUAUAUAUACACAGGUUCGCACACGUACGUAGGCCACGCACGCACGCACGCACGCACGCACGCACGCACGCACGUACGUACGCACGCAGCCAGGCAACUACGUACCACUCGGCCAGGCAGCCAGGCACGAACGAACGAACGAACGCACGCACGCACCCACGCACGCACGCACGCACGGACGCGGUGUCCCGCGUGGACAGACGGACAGAGUCGCUCGGUGGUACACGUGCGCACACACAGCCGGUGUGUGUAUCGUGGAUGUAGUAUACACGGGUAUAAAGAAAGGAAAAGGAAGGAAAAAAAGUUCAGUGUGUGACACGAAAUAGUGUGGAACAGAAAGAGAGUCGCGUCCCACGUGCCGUUUUUCGGAGAAACUCGAAAGAGAGAUUUAUUGCAAGUGCCCGCGGUGUUUCUUCCGGGAUGAUGAUGAUGGCCCGAGUGUGUUAUUACUGGCCAAGUUGAAACCGCCGCGUUUCAUCCGCAUGGGAUCGUUCAGGAAGUGGAUUAGCGCGCGCGGGGAGGUGUGGCUCCCUGACAGUGUCGAUGGUGAAGUACUACAGAACCAGUGAUUCGGUUAAACCGCGACCGGAAUCGCCGAGUGCGGAACCGACGAGGUCCUCGCCGUGGCGUGGACCGAUCGCGCGUCGGACCGUCUGAGCGAGAUUUUUUUUUUUUUUACCUACCUUACCCCCCGACACGCGCGCAAACCCAAACCGGAUCACCGAUCGCCAACAAUCGACAGAGAUCAACAGGCAAGAAGGGAUGUCACGGAGAAAGCAAGCCCGACCGAGCCGUGCCCACCUCGAGGAGGAUCUUGUCCAGGGCCCACUGCUGAUCAAUCCCGUUGGAAACGUGAACGUAACCCGAGAGGAAAAUGAUUUUACGUCGGAUGGAGAAGAGAGUGGCGGUGCAGGAGCUGGCGGAGACGAAGCCGUGGACCUCACGGCUGCCAGGUCUCAUCAAGGCGACGAGGAUGACAAGGAUCAGGAAGACGUUUUGGAGGAGGAUGAGGAGGAAGGCGUGGACGAGCAGGACGAUCAAGACGAUGACGAGGAAGGAUCGAGAAAGCAAAUGCACCAUAGGCAGGAUGCCGAGAAUAACAAUAAUUUCGUGGAUGGUGGGACGCCGGCCGGCUUGUUCCCACCGGCUGGAACUAGUCACGUCACCUUGGAAGCCCUUCAGAACACGAAAGUGGCUGUCGCACAGUUCGCGGCGACAGCGUUGGCCGGUGGCGCGGACACCGAGGCUGCCCUCCAAGAUUUGGCGCUGCUGCAGAGCACCCUGUACACCCUGCAGCAUCAACAAGUGUUCCAGUUGCAGUUGAUCAGUCAACUGCAGCAACAACUCUCCAUAACGCAUAAUCAAACGGUGCAACAGCAAGUACCGGGCGAGCCGUCGGACAGCAAAGAGAUAUCGCCGUCGCCGAUCAUUCAGCCCAAACCUUUGUCGAGCCUUACUUCGCCUCCCUCGUCGCGCCCGCCGAGCCACCAGCAAACCUCGCCAGCUCCGAUGACGCCCAACCUCGCCCAGGAACGGCCCACGCCGACCAGCAGCGCGUCCCCGUUGAACCUUCCCCUGGCUUCGACGAACGCGACAGGCACGACCGCGACCACCAGCGCCAGCAGCCAGGUGCCUAUGUCUCACCAGAUUCCGCCUCUCUGCUCGAUCAGUUCUUCCUUAGCUUCGUCGAUAAUAACCAACACCGAUCCCCCACCGUUGCACGAGCCGAAUACCCUGGAGAUGCUGCAGAAGAGAGCCCAGGAAGUUCUGGACAACGCCAGCCAAGGACUGCUGGCGAACAACCUGGCCGACGAGUUGGCGUUCAGGGGAGGGAAAGGCUCCCGCCUCUCCCCGUACGACUCAAAGUCCGGAAGCGGUCGCGGGGAGCCGUUCUUCAAGCAUCGUUGCCGGUAUUGCGGCAAGGUGUUCGGCAGCGACUCGGCGCUUCAGAUCCACAUACGAUCGCACACAGGUGAGCGACCCUUUAAAUGCAACGUCUGCGGCAGCCGCUUCACCACGAAAGGGAACCUCAAGGUCCACUUCCAGAGGCAUACGGCCAAGUUUCCACAUGUUAAGAUGAACCCGAAUCCCGUUCCGGAACACCUGGACAAGUACCAUCCACCCCUGCUACAGCAAAUCGCCUCUGGUCAGAGACCGAUGCCGUCCCCGCCACCGCCACCGCCCUCUCACCAUCCCUCCUUCCACCCGGCGGCGGCCCACGGUUUUUUACCCCCCCAGCCUCCCCUGCCGCUCAGCCUAGCCCUUCCCGGUAUGCCACCCCUGUACAGAUCGCCGGUUGUUGCUCAUCGGGACGAUCAGGACGUGCCGGAGAACUUGAGUAAACCCGUUACCACUGCCCCGACCACGUCCCCACAUUCCCCCGCGGUUGUGUCCAACUCUCGUCAUUCCUUUCACGACAAUCACCUCCACCAUCAUCACCACCACCAACAACAACAACAUCAACAACAACAACAACAACAUCAUCAACAACAACAACAACAGCAGCAGCAACAGCACCAACAUCAGCAUCAGCAGCAACAAAAGCAGCAACAACUCGAGCAAAGGGACGAGAUCAAGCUCGAGCACCGCUCGCCUAUGCAGGACCAGUAUCAACACCAACGGCCCACGAGUCACGAGCCCGCCGGAAGGAUAACGCCUAAGAAAGAGCCGGAGGAGACCGAGGAGCCGACGGAGGAGGAUAGCGAGGAUUUCGAAGAGACGACCAGACGGUAUUUGAAUUCACCCCAAUCCUCUGUCAAUCCACCCUCUCAACCGCAGACUUACGAAGACUGUAGCAUGGACAGUAAGAUGAGCGGCCGAUUAGAAGGUGACGCGGACAUGGAGGUCGACGAGGAGAUCGAGGAGCAACCCGAAAAUUUGUCCGGUCGGGGGACGAUUAAUCGUUUGCCGCAGCACAUUGUCGCGUAUCCCGGGGCAUCCCCCGCGAGCAGUAGCGCGAGCAGCGGUAGCCUUCAAACAUCCUUCGCGGGGAUUCUGUUCCCAGGGCCGCCCGCGCAUCACCAAAUACCGCAUCACCCGGCCCCGACCACGGUAAACGCGUCCGCCGUCAAUACGAACGAGAUGAUCGAUCCGGCCAAGGAUCCAGCCAUCUAUUCCAGCCUGUUGCCACGGCCGGGCAGCAACGACAACUCGUGGGAAAGUUUGAUCGAGAUCACCAAGACCUCGGAAACGUCCAAGUUGCAGCAAUUGGUGGACAACAUCGAGCACAAAUUGACCGACCCGAACCAGUGCGUGAUUUGCCACCGAGUCUUGUCCUGCAAAAGCGCGUUGCAGAUGCAUUACAGGACCCACACGGGCGAGCGACCGUUCAAGUGCAAGAUCUGCGGCCGGGCGUUCACCACGAAGGGUAACUUGAAGACUCACAUGGGCGUGCACAGGGCGAAGCCGCCGCUCAGGGUGUUGCAUCAAUGUCCCGUUUGCCACAAGAAAUUCACGAACGCGCUGGUGUUGCAGCAACACAUACGGCUGCACACCGGCGAGCCAACGGAGCUCAGCCCGGAGCAGAUUCAAGCCGGCGAGGUGAACGAAUUCCCGCCCGGUUAUCCGCAUCACCCGCUGGCAUCCUUCCUCCCGCAGGGCUUUCCACCCAUUCACCCUGCCGGAGCCGGCUUCCCCUUGACUUUCCCCCCGACACGGCAACAGGCGUUGGAAAGACAAGCCCAGGAGAACGACGUGGACGGGAAGGACGAGCCGCAGCAUCAGCAUCAGCAUCAGCAUCAGCAUCAGCAUCAGCAUCAGCAUCAGCAUCAGCAUCAGCAUCAACACCAGCACCAGCAUCAGCUUCAGCAUCAGCUUCAGCAUCAGCAUCAACAACAACAGCAGCAACAGCAGAGGUACACGGGCGAGGAGCACAGCGAGGAAGCGGAUGAUCAGGAUGACGAGGAGGAUGAUCGUAGGGAGGAAGACGAGAGGUGUGCCAUGAAUCGCGAUGGUCGUGGCGACGUGGAGGACGAGCAGGAUCGCGAGAGCGAGGAUAACGAGCACAAAGAGAUCUCUCUACCGAGUUUCUCCACUUCUUUGGCAGCUUUGGAGAACCAAGUUCGAACGAUCACGACGACGGCCACGUCGACGGCGGGGAAUAUGGCCAGGUCGCCCCCGUUUCAUCGGUACAACGGGAGCGAGAAGAGCAACAGCCCGAUGAAUUCGGGGGCCCCGUUGGACUUGACACCCCGGGCAUCGUCCACUCCCGCUUCGGUGGCUUCCGUGCCAACGCCACCUCCGCAAACCACGACCCAACACCCGCACCCGUUCGGCAUGUUCGCAGGCCUGCUGCAAGCGGUCUCAUCGUCGCCGUCUACCAGCAGCAUCGGUUCGUCGAGCAUAAACAGCGUGAGCUCGAUGAACGCCGUGACUCCUGGAAGCGGCGCCGCCGGACCCUUGGCUUCCCUGACCACGUCAGCCGUGUUGGCUGCCACGUCGACCUACAACCCGCUCGGCCUGGCUGUCGGAGGGCCAGCAGUGCGUGGAAACACCACAUGUAAUAUCUGCUACAAGACAUUUGCGUGCAACUCCGCGCUGGAGAUCCAUUACCGGAGCCAUACGAAGGAACGACCUUUCAAAUGCACCAUAUGCGACAGAGGAUUUUCGACCAAGAACGAUGGUUCCGGGCAGCAAGCAUGCGUCUGUGCGUCUCAACCGUUGCCCGCUAACAGUUCGAUCACUUCACCCGAUCCUCAAUUCGGAUCACCGUGCGCCAGUAGUCGAGAAAAAGCGAAACGCAGGCGGCGGCGGCGACCUGAGGAUCGGAAGAACCGGGGGCGGAAAGGAGCCGGAGGGGGGCGGGGGCUUACGCCUGUCUAUCCUGCCAUCCGCCUACCCCCGCUGAUGUCGCCCGCCCUCGGACUUCUACCCUCGGCGCACAGCCUCCUGGGAAACAUGAAGCAGCAUAUGCUGACCCACAAGAUCCGGGACAUGCCGCCCCAUCUGUUCAGCGAUUCGAAGCAACAACAGCAGCAGCAGCAGCAGCAGCAGCAACAACAACAACAACAGCAACACCAGCAACAGUCUCAGGAGCACGAGACCUCGAGAAGUCCUAUGUGCGCCGAGGACUCGAGCUUACCGCCGCCUCCGCCGCCUCCGCCGCCUCCUCCCCCGAUGCCCCCCACCUCGAUAGAGCAGAGCAUCGCCGUGAAGAGAUCUCCGCCCGAGGGAGAGCUGCCAGCGCCAAAGAGACCAGCCAGCGUGCCGAGCAAACACUUGUGCCAGAUUUGCAAUAAGAAUUUCUCCUCAUCUUCGGCGCUCCAGAUCCAUAUGAGAACUCACACGGGCGACAAACCGUUCCGAUGCACCGUCUGCCAGAAGGCCUUCACCACCAAGGGCAAUCUCAAGGUGCACAUGGGCACGCAUAUGUGGACCAACGGAGCUUCCCGACGAGGCCGCCGAAUGUCCCUGGAUCUGCCUCCCCUACCCAUCACCCCCAAGGACUCGGAAUUCCUCCAACGGCGGCCGGAUCUUUUCUAUCCCUAUCUACCCGCGCCAUUCCUUAACGGAGUACAGCAGAAACUGAACGAGAUCUCGGUGAUACAGAGUAACAACGGGUUACCGAGCCACUCGGUGGCCGCAGGCAAAUACGCGGGAUUGUUCGGCUCUGUGUACGCUGCUGGCGCCGGAUUCCCGCUGGACAAGCAGCCAAUGGCGGCGUCCAGCAACGGGCCCUCGUUGCUCGACGGCAAAUCCUCCAUUCCAUCCGGAUCCAUGCUCUUCCAGACACCGUCGCCCUCCCACUCGCCCGGCACGCCAGGCUCCAACGGGAGCAAUCAGAACAGCGCCAACGUGUCCUCGUGGACGGGUGACGCUCUUCAACACCACUUCGACCGAGAACCGCCCGCCAGGUCGGAAGGGAACUCGACGCCGCCAUCCGCUCGACUUCCGCCACCCCCCGCGGCCAGGGGUGAGGGACUGGCCACGUGAACCUCGUUAAACACCACCGAUAACGAAUACCCUUCUUUCUCGAGGCUUCACGUUUUCGGCGAUUGAACUCCGUCCUGGCUGUUACAGACGAGACAUAAGUAGAGAGAGAGAAAGAGACAGAGAUAGAGAGAGAGAGAGAAAGAGAGAUAGAGAGAGAUAGAGAAAAAGAGAAAGAGAGAGAGAGAGGAGUAAGGAAAAAGAGGAAAGGGAAACGUUGAUGAAGGAGCCGGAGGCAGUAGUAGUGUUGGUUUUCAGUGCAUUUCGCGAGCCCAAAGACUCGGGAACCGAACGUCCGACGACAUAUCCUUCUUGAUCCCCCAGAGCCAGAGCAGAUACCAUGUUCCUAUUGUCACACUAGUCUUAAACGCGUUCGAGAGAGGACCUCCUCCGCCCCCCCUCGCCCCCCGCCCCCUCCCCAGAGCAAGAGAUGGUCGGUCUGUUCGCCGUAUCUAUACCCUUGUUUCUGGCGAAUGUGGUCCGUUUUCGGAACUCUCCUCCCUCGCCCUCCCCCCUCCCCCCCGCCCCGCGACACGUGCUUUCGCACGAGGUACCGGCGGAUGUGACGCCUAGACUGAGCCCCCCUUUCGCACGGCCGCAAGACACGUGGCGCCACAACGCCGGCCCUCCAUAACUCUGACCGUCCAUGCGCGACAGUGAUGGUCACCUCACUCCUAGGUAUAUCGUACAUUAUUAUUAUUAUUAUUACUAUUAUUAUUAUUAUUACUAUUAUUAUUAUUAUUAUU